UCCGUCUUUUUCAUUUCGCCAUUUUGAAUUGUGUUGACUACACUGCGCUAGCCACAUCUGAGCUAGCUAGUUCGGGUGCAAGCUGAUUGUUGUUAAAAGGGAGUUCGCUAGCUAGCUAGCUUUUAUAGCUUGUCUAUUGUAACAUAUAACGCCGGGCAAUUGGUGCGGUUAAGUCAAUAUUUAGCUUUAUGCCCCGACUCUAAUACCAACCUAAGAUUAUUUUACUAAACUAUCGUUCGGAUGAAACAAUUGCCGAUGAAAAACCAGACAGCUGCAGUGCCCGCAGCCAGCAGCACCCGGCUCUGUGCUACGUACAAGUAGCUCGUAAGAUAGCUAGAUUAGCUAGCUAGUAGCUACAGUAAGCGCGAGGGAGUGAAUACAACGUCUGGACAACGGCAUCAUUAAGUUUAUAGCUAGGCUACAGUUUAUAGUUACAGCUAUUGCUAACAAGCCAACAUUGAACAUUUACCCUGGCAAUUUGCUAGCUACGUAGCUUUUCAAAUUGUGUGACAUUAAACAAGAGGCAGAAAGGAUGUACCAGCUCCCUGUUAACAACCUCACUAGGUUACGGCGAGCCAGAAAGCAGGUUAAGAAGGCGCUAAGCGACAUUGGACUUGAGUAUUGCAAGGAACAGGUGGAGGACUUCAAAGAAUUUUGCCCAAAUGACCUCUAUGUUAAGAACACUCUUUGCCUUGACAUAUGUUCAUGGGAUCCAUCACUUUCUAGGACACAGGAGUAUCGGUCAAAGCCUUUCUGUUGCACCGAGUGUUCUUUUUCUUCCAAGUACUACUCAGGCUACAAGAACCACUUCCGCAAUGUGCACAGACAGAAUUUUGAAAACCGUAUCCUCCUCAACUGUCCUUACUGUACCUUCACAGCAAGCAAGAGAACUAUGGAGACACACGUCAAGAUUUUCCACAUACCCAGUUCACCAAGACAAGGACUGGGGACCUACCAUGGAACUCCUACAGGACAGAAGGACAGAAUAUGGCUUGACAAAGGCAAACAGGGAGACAAUGUAGAGAGGGCAAUGUACUAUUGCAAGAAGUGCACCUACAGGGACCCUCUUUACAAUGUUGUGCGAAGGCACAUCUACAGGGAACAUUUCCAGCAUGUGGUCUCACCCUAUGUUGCCAUGGUUUCAGAGUCAUCACUCAAAAAUGGUGCUAACACUGUCAACGGCAACAACAUCCUUUGUAAGAGAUGCCAGUUUUCCACUCGUAGUUAUGAAGCACUAGUGCAGCAUGUUGUAGAGUAUCAUGAACGGAUUGGCUCUCAGGUGACAACUAUGAUUGGGCAUGCAAAUAUUGUGGUGUCCAGAUCACAAGCAUACUCUGGGAUGUCACAAAAGGGUUCAAUGAUAUCUGCAGGGGGGCGUGGACUGACAUCUGAGCAGCUUAGCCACAUGAUGGGGUCCCAUAUCAAGCAAGGACCCUCUGGACUGAAGAAUGUAACAUCCCAGUCCUCCAUUCCUGGCCACCAGGUGCGUGUCACUGUUCCUGGAAGCAACGGUUUAGGAGAGGGCCCAGGAAUGCAGACACCUGUCACUACCACCAGCUUAAGCACAGCCCAAACACAGAAGUGGAAGAUCUGUACUGUUUGCAAUGAGCUCUUCCCUGAAAAUCUCUACAGUGCUCAUUUUGAAAAAGCACAUAAAGCAAAAAAGGUAUGGGCUAUGGCCAAGUACAUCAUGAAGAUCCACAAUUUUACCAGCAAGUGUUUGCUUUGCAAUCGAUAUCUGCCUAGUGAUACACUGCUUAAUCAUAUGCUGAUCCACGGGCUGUCCUGCCCACAGUGCCAUGCAUCCUUCAACAAUGUGGAAAAAAUGCUGGAGCAUGUAGGAUUGACUCAUCCUGAUGACUUUGUUGGACCGCCUGCUGCCUCUCCGCUAACCUUUGACCUCACCAUCAAACAGGAUAAGCCCAAGAACAUUCAGCUUAUUGUUAUCACUUUCAAUAUGAAGGAGCCUGUAUCUGCCCAGGAGCAGUCUUUGGCUGCCCAUGCUUCAAAUACUGUCUCAGCCUCUGUGAAGAACUUUCCCUCAAAGAUGGCUGAGAGAAAGAAUGAUCUACUUUCCAGAAGUAUGUCUCAGGCCACUGGGUCUAAUAACAAAGAGGUUGGAAAAACCUUGUGCCCACUGUGUUUCACCAUCCUUAAAGGUCCCAUCUCAGAUGCUUUAGCUCAGCAUCUUAGAGAACGACACCAAGUGCUCCAGACAAUGCACCCGGUUGAGAAAAAGAUGACGUACAAAUGCAUACACUGCCUGGGUGUCUACACAAGUAACAUGGUGGCCUCAACAAUCACUCUACACCUCGUGCAAUGCAGAGCUGUAGGAAGGUCCCAGAAGGGCCAAGGCAUAAAGUCUGCCUUGACGCUGAACUCCUCUGGGGCUGGCUUUCUAAAACGUCAGCUACCUGUUCAGACCACACCUGACCCUAAGAGGAUGAAGAUGAAUGAUGAAGUUGCAUAUUCCCCCACCACUGCAGGGAAGCUGGGAGAAUCUGUUGAUCUGGUGUUGGAUCCAAGGAGCUAUGAGCACAAGACGUAUGAAGAUCGAAAAGCAUUCCUCACUACCUACUUUAACCAGCGCCCCUACCUAUCUUCACACGAGGAAGAGAAGCUGUCUGCAAGCCUGUGGCUGUGGAGGUCGGACAUUGCCAGCCACUUUGCCAACAGAAGGAGGACCUGUGAGAGGGAAUGUGAAACCCGAAAAGUGUCUGUUUUACUUGGCUUCGACAUGCAGGCCCUAAUGAAACUCAAGCACGACAUGAAAUUUGUGGAAAUUACAAAGCCACCAGGCACCUCAGUGGUAAGAUCAAACGUGGGCUUCAAGUCUGCACCAAAACCAGACCAAAGCAAGCAACUUGAGACAAUUAACUGUACCCUCAAGCUGAGUGCCUACACACAGCCUAUAUCCAUUGACUCAGACAGUGAACCAGAACAAGAAGAUAAUGCUGCUGAGAAUGGGGAAAUGGACACAAAGCAGCAUGCUGUCAGAUCCCAUGAGAAAACAAACCUAUUGGAGGGAAACUCCUCUGCAGUCAUUGAUGGACCUUCAAGGGAGGAUAUGAAUACCUUGCAAGAGGCAAAGUCAAAUGCUUGGGUGACUCUCUGUUAGUAUCUUUAGAGCUGCUCCUGCUUCACAAGGAGUCUGCAGGUCAGAUUGAGAGAGGAGCAUUUGGUGGGCAGGAAUUUAUUCAACUUAGUCCUUGAAUAGGAGGAAAACCUCUAAGGGAACCAAGACAUUUACAGUUUGGAUUGAUACGGUUAGAGAUUAAAUACUGUAAUUCCCCCAGAUUGGACCUUUUAAUAUCAGUGUUUGAAGAAACCAUUGUGCUCUGCAGCACUGAGAAUGCUGAAACGUAUAACCAGGCUUAAUAACUGUGCAACACAGUAUGGCGUCUGUAAUUAACAUUGGUUGUGUGAUAUUGUAUAUUUAGAUCAUGCAUACAUUGUCUGUUACCCAUUGGCAUGUGUCUCACAAAGAUUCAUGUGAAGAAUAACAACAAAAAAACAUGACCUUUCCCUCUUCACAAUUUUCCGUCUUCAAUGAUAAGAGCAGGAACUGUAUAAUAUUGUCAUUUCACAUUUAGAAAUUGUAGAUUAGAUGACAAUUGCUUAUGUCAAUGUUUAAAUAAAUUGG